ACACAAAAAUUCCAAUUCCCAUCCGUUAACAAACUCUUUCUCAAACAUCAAUUACUUUUCAGUUUCAUCAAUUAACAUGGCUACAGAAGAACCAAUCGUUGCAGUGGAACCAGUUCCCGAGCCAACCAUCGCUGCCGAACCUCCAGCUUUGGAGAAAGAUCAGUCCGAACCAAAGGCUGCUGAAUUAGCAGAGAAGAAGACGAAGAAAGUAGCAAAGGAAUCCAAACCUAAGAAAGUUUCCAAACCACGAAACCCUGCUUCCCAUCCUACUUACGAAGAGAUGAUUAAGGAUGCAAUUGUGUCGCUGAAGGAGAGGACUGGUUCAAGCCAAUACGCAAUUGCGAAAUUCAUCGAAGAGAAACACAAACAGCUUCCUUCAAAUUUCAAGAAGUUAUUGCUUCAGAAUUUGAAGAAGAAUGUUGCUUCUGGAAAACUUGUUAAGGUGAAAGGUUCAUUCAAGCUCUCUUCGGCAACAAAGCCAGCUGCUAAGGUGAAGGCCAAGCCAGCCGCUAAGCCAAAGGCAAAAGCUGUUGUCAAGCCGAAGACCAAAUCUGUUACUGCUAAGCCCAAGGCUGCUGCUGCCACAAAGCCCAAGCCCGCUGCUACCAAGUCAAAAGCUGCUUCUAAGGCCAAAACUGCUGCAAAAGCGAAACCUAAUGCAAAGGUUGCAAAGACAACAGCAAGGACUUCUCCGGGGAAGAAAGUCGCAGCUGCAAAGCCAGCAGCAAAGAAAGUUGCGGCGGCAAAGAAGAAAGCUCCGGUGAAGAGCGUCAAGCCUAAGACUAAGACUGUUAAGUCUCCGGCGAAGAAGGUUUCCGUGAAGAGAGGGGGAAGGAAAUGAGAGUUAGUGUCUUUGUAGCGUUGGCAUUGUAAAGUUUUUUUUUUUUUAACUAUGGUCUUUUAAGUUUUCGGUUUAGUUGCUUGGAAUAGAUUAAUAGUAGUUCAUAAUAAAGUUUUCUUUCUUUCUUUCUUUC